GAAUGACUGUAUGGGUACAAUGUUGUCACAUGGAGAUUAUCAGUUACCUAAUUUAUAGAUGAUGUGUGACAUGUCAUCACAUAUGAUCUUAUCCCCUCACCUUUACCUAAGGAAGAUGAUUUGUGGCUGAAAUAUUUCCUUGUUCGAACCCUUUUGCUAGAUGUUCAUGUACAGUAUAUGUUACAUGUCUGCUAGUCAAAGCAUGGUGUAGUGGUUUAAAUUGUUGAUUCUGCAUGACAAACCUUGCAUUCAUUUUCAUUUAUUUCACUACAGUAUGAAAAUCAUUUAGCAGAGACUGAGUUUUCUUAAAUUCAUAUUGUCAUUAGAAGAAGAGAAGAUGUAAUGGUGACAUUAAUGAAAACCAGUGGAUGCGUAAAUACAUUCAAAAAAAUCUAAAACCCUAUUGUCUACCUUGAUCAGCAGUAAUGUAAAAUAUAUAUUUUUGUGUCUACAAAAGCACAAACAGCGAUAUAAUCCUUUAGCAUUAAAGGGAUAUUAAAGGGAUAGUACAACAUUUUGGGAAAUAAGCUUAUUUGCUUUCUUGCCAAGAGUUAGGCUGCAUGAGAAGAUCAGUAUCCAUGUAUGUGUCUGUGGAGGUGGAGCUGUAAGAUGGUUGGCAUAGAUUAGCAUAAAGACUGGAAAUGGGGAAACAGGUAUAGCCAAUACAUAAACAGAAAUGUGUUACCAUUUUACUUACAGUUAGCUGUACACACAGACAGAAAUAGACAAAAAGAAUAGGAAGUUAAACUGUAGCACCCUCUUAACUGAAUGGAUCAGUUAAGAUAAGAUAAGAUAAGAUAAGAUAAGAUAAGAUAAGAUAGUCCAUUAUUAGUCCUACAGUGGGGAAAUUCACAGUGUCAGCAGCAAAGUGACAUUACAGAGAUAAGAAAGCUGCAAAAUGUCAAUAUCAAUACUUAAAAAAAGAUAAAUAAUAGAUAAUAAUGUACUGUAACAUUAUACUACAUACAAUACUUCAGUAUAACAAAAAAUAGCAGCAGAUAAGGGAUAUUGCACAUAUGGUGUGUAUUAAACAGGUCUGGAUUGAGUGCAGCAACUCUGCCUGUCACAAAUGUCCAGCAGGUGGCUCUGAAGCACAACACAAGUCAGUGACAGCUGAACUUUCUUAGCAGCUGACUCACCGAAAACCCAGAAAUUGUCUCUUUUGCAUUUUGGUUUGAGUUCGAAUUAAACAAACAAGAUGCAACAUGUUAAUAUAUGAAGGUGCUGGUUAGUGUGUUUUUUAACUCUGACCAGAUCCAGAAUAAAUGUUUACAGCCUUUACGCAAAGCUAAGCUAACAGCCUCUCGGCUUUAACACCAUUCCAAAAAUGCUGUGUGUAGCAACACCAAUAAAUCAUUAUGUUCAUUUGGAUAUAGCAGUAAAAUUACCAUAAACAAAUCAAACGAUUGCUGACAUUGACAUUUAGUUCAUUUCGCCUUAUGUAAUUUGAGCUAUUUUCUUGAAUUAGUAUGUGCAUGUGGGGGGGUCACGCUCUAGUUAGGGUCUGAAUCAGCUCUGGUAUGUGUCAUAGUACGGGUGUGGUUGGCAAAAUGUAACAGAUGACAUAACACACACACACACACACACACACACACACACACACCUCCUCAUCUUGUUCUCAGCCUCCUCCUCCAUCUCAAACCUUAAUAAGUCUCUCAGGAGGAGGAGGAGGAGGAGAAAGGUGGGAGGAGGGGAGAGAUGAGUGAAAGCUGAGCACAAGUUGUCACCUCCCUGCUACACUGUCAGCCUCGCCCUGAAAACCAGCUCCAUAUCAUUCAGAGACAUCAGGAAUGUAGUGUUUGCUAUCAGGUUAAUACACGCGCGCGCGCACACACACACAUACAUACACACACAUACACACACACACACACACGUUCUGCAGGCUCCUCCAAUGCAGAGGGAAAAUCUGUCACUUAAAUCUCAAGGUCACUCUCACAGAGUCAUGUGGGAGCAGCUGCAGCCUCAUCAACACCCACAUGUGCAUCCGUUUAAGGACAUUCAAAUCUUGCUUUAUUGCACCUUUGGCAGCCCAGCAGUGUGAGCUAUGUUUUAUUUUCUGUCUGCAUAUUUUGCUGAGAGUCCAAUUAAACGAGAAAAACUGAUGCAUGGACGCGCACCGUGAUCGUUUGACGCCCCCUCGCGGCAGCGCAUCAUCCACGAAACCCUUCCAUCCUUCCAUUGUCUCCCCCAAACCAGUAACUAAUGCUGCCUAUUUAUAUGGCGGUUACAAAAAAAAAUCAUAUGACGCAAAACAGUCUCCGUAGGACGUUCAGCAAACGCAUCAACACAAACCACCCACAAGAAAAAAAAACUGGAGCAACAUCUCCACUUGAUCCUCACAUCAUAAAUCAUGUGGAAUCGAUGGAGACGUGAAUGAUGAGUGAUUCUAACAAGCUUUAUAUUGAGUGGAGAAGGUAGAAGCUGCACAAAGGGGAUCAUUGUUGCCUGCAGAUGCCCGUCAGUGGUGCAGUCGCCCUUUGAAGGCUCUCCAAUCGCAGCUCAUAGCGCGACCGAGGGAGGGCGGGGUUUGCCCCCCCCCCCCCUUUUUUUCCUCCUCCCUCCUCCCGAAUCUUUUGCUCCAAGCCCCGCUUUGGCACCGUGUCCCAUUGACUAGACGGCGACAAACCGAGGAGCAUAUUCCACCCUGAGCGUCCCUGAACUCAACAACGUCAAAGUGGACCGCUGAUGACUGGGAGCUCGGCUGUUGCGGACUUGAGGAACUAAGUGAUGCGCACCUCCAGGAGGUCACAGCCUGGGCAGGUAUGAGACCUGUGGCGCUCAUGGAUGAAGGACCAGCAGAUGUUUAGUGGAUCCUAAUCUGGAUGUAGCUCCAUGUUCCACUUCUACACAACCAGCAGGCCUGGCCCAGUUCAGCCCCACAUGGAUGGAUCCCGCUGUAGGAGCCGUACUUAUGGAAUAUGAAGCCCGUGCGUAUGAGCAUGCCGAGUGCACUCCUCUCCGGGAGCUUCUCCACAGCCCUCUCCCCCUGACACAGCCACCCCACUCGGACAUCCCCUGGUCGCUUGGAACCCCCUCGCCAUGAGGGCGACUGUUCGGUGAUUCGGUGCCUCUGCACGUCUGAACGGACCGGAGACCACCUUUUUUUUUUGGAUCGGGGCUUUUGCUGGUUGUACACAGGAUUUAUCUGCGCUGCGCUGUGGGCUUUCUUUGUGUCAAAGGGCUUAACGCAGAGUGCGCGUAGAGCAACAGAGCGGGGGCUUUGCAUCGCCCGCUGUUGCGCCCAGCUGCUCUCUUUUGUGGCCGGGCCGUGAUGGCAGCCGGCCGGCCGGAGGCGCAGGACCACCCGCCCGAGAACGGCUUCACUCCGCUGGAGCACCCGGCGCCCCGGCUGCUACCGCACAUCGACGGCUCGGUUCUGCCGUCUCUGGGGGGCUUCGGGAAACACCAGAAACAGCUCGUGGUCCUGACCUGGAUACCAGCAUUGUUCAUCGGCUUUAGCCAGUUUUCGGAUUAUUUCCUCCUGGCGCAACCCAAUGGCACGUGCGUGCAACCCCUCACAAACGGGAGUAACUGGACCGUGGCGUCCCCGCCGGUCACCGUCACAGGGGAAUCGCCAGCGCUGCAACUCAAAGGCAACGGCACCGGGGAGGGAUACGGCGACGGCAGCGGUGUGCUACUGUGCGCCUGCAAGGAGUGGAGGCUGGAGCUGCAGACGGGACUUAGUCAGAAUGUGGUUACCAAGUGGAACCUGGUGUGCGACUCUGCAUGGAAGGUGCACAUUGCCAAGUUCUCUUUGCUGGUGGGCUCCAUAUUUGGCUACCUAGUGAUGGGUGUCAUGGCCGACUGGUUUGGUCGACACCCAGUGUUGAUUCUCUCGGUGCUUUUCAUGCUGGUGUUUGGUCUGAGUGUUGCCUUCUCUGUAAACGUCACCAUGUUCAGCACCUUGCGCUUCUUUGAGGGUUUCUGCUUGGCGGGCCUCGCUCUCUCCCUCUACGUGCUCAGGAUCGAGCUUUGUUUGCCAGGCUGGCGGUUCUCCAUGACCAUGGUGGCCAGUUUUCUGAUGGUGGGCGGGCAGCUAUUGAUGCCAGGGGUGGCCGCCCUGUGCCGCAAUUGGCCAGAUCGGGAUGACUGGCAGGUCCUGCAGAUCGUCAUAAUCAGCCCUUUCGUUCUGAUGCUGCCCUACGUCUGGAUUUUUCCGGAAUCAUUGCGCUGGUUGCUGGCCACCCAGCACUACAGGCGGUCCAAAGCCAUGAUGCUGCACAUCGCCAGGAAGAAUCAGGUUGACAUGACAACCGAGCCCAGCGGAGUUCUUACAGAGCUGGAGCAGGAGCUGCACAAGAAACCCCAGAGGACCUGCAUUGUCAAGAUGAUGAGCACCAGGAACCUGUGGAAAAACAUUGUGGUGCUGUGUGUCAACUCCCUGACAGGUUACGGGAUCCACCACUGCUUUGCCCGCAGCAUGAUGGACCCGGAGGCCCAGCCGACCGCUUUGUGCCACGCAGACUAUUACACUAUGGCUGGCAUUGCCAUGGCAACCUGCCUGGCGCUUUGCCCCGCGGUGGGGUUGAUGGGACGUCGCGGAGGGCUUCUCACCUUCAUGAUCAUAACAGCUCUGGCAUCGCUACUACAGCUGGGUUUACUCAACUUAAUUGGGAAGUACAGCCUUCGCCAUGACACAGUUCUGCGAGACACUCUGAACAGGAAAUUCUCGGUCGCCUUCUCCAUCAUCGGGAUGUUCUCCUCACAUGCUGUCAGCAUACUCAGCAUUUUCUUUUGUGCUGAAAUCACUCCUACUGUCAUCAGGGGUGGAGGGCUGGGCCUGGUCCUGGCUAGCGCUGGCUUUGGCAUGCUCACCGCUCCCAUCAUGGAGCUCCACAACCAGAAGGGCUACUUCUUGCAUCACGUGAUCUUCGCCUGCUGCACCCUGCUGUGCAUCAUCUGCCUGCUGCUGCUGCCUGAGCCGCGGGGCCAGCCCCUGCCAGAGAGCCUGGCUGAUGGAGAGACCUUCACCCGUCAGACCCUGCUCCAUCCCGGAGAGCAGCACCUCCUUCUCGCCAAGAGCGACAGGGACUACUCCCGUGUCCACGACACACCGUUACACCUCUCAGCCACUGGGGGCGCCACAGUGGCGGUGGCCACUGCUCUGGCAGCGGUACCUGCCACAUACGCCCUGGCGACUGGUGGGGAGGUGAUUGGAAAUCGUGCCAUAGCCAAUGGGGUGUGAGCAUCAUAGCAAUACUCCACUACUGUGCUAUUAAUUGCUCAAGCAUUAACUCGACUGAAUGGUCACUUGAAAUAAAAACAGACUUUUAAGGGAAAAAAAACAGAUGGACUCUUGUUGAGGUUUGAGAUGGUGGCGAUAGUAAUUUUGUGUAGUUUGUAGUGAUUAUGAUUCAUUCAUGAGUUGCCAAAAAAUAUUGUCCUGGACUAAAUUUAUCUGAAGUCAGUGUGUGUUAAAUAAUAAGAAGGUCUUGAGUGGUGUUGGUGAUUCUCUUGCGCUGACGUUUCGCUCCGUCGAGAACCAUCUGCAGGUGAAAGGAGCAGACGCAAGCAAAGUAGAGCAGACCAGCUUCCGAUAACGUGCGAGUUUUCUGUUUGUAGUUUCGACUCGUUGAAAGAGGAUUUCACUGCAUCUUAUAAUUCUUUACAAGUUAUUUUUGCACUAAAUGUCAGAGACACAAUCAAGUGUUUGUGAUUUUCAGCCAACACAUUGGAGAUCCAGGGAUUGGCUAAACCACUACCACUCGUUUUUUUGCAUGAAAGGGCACAAAUGGUUUUUACACGUUCUCUCUUCUUUAUUUGUGGUCCCUCUACAAGAAGUCCGAUGUGGCACUUUAUCCUCAGAGGUGAGGUCAGUGUAGACACUGAUUUUUUUUAAAGAAGCAUUACUGCUGUUGUUGUGGGUGUAUGAUGGUUGUCUGACGUUGACGCACAGCCGGAGACCUUGGCAGACUGUAAGUGUAGCCUAUAGAGACUGUGGGUAAUGCUAAAGAAAUCUGAGAGUUGAACGGGCAUUUAGAGUGACCAGUCGUUGUACUACUGUAUGUCUUAUGAUGCGUCUCAGCAUUUAAAUGGCUUUAUCGCGAUGGCUCUGUUCUUUUAACAAAACAGAGAAUGUAAUUUAAGAAAACCAGUAUUUAUUUUGUCAUGCUGCCAAGGGCAAUUUUGUUGCUUGAAAUACCUCCUUAAUUAGCCAAUAUUUCCACUCCGACUCUCACUCCUUGUUCUCUGUACUGUGGUAAUGUCGUAAUCCUGCUCCUAGGAUGUGUAACUCUAGCCAGAAAGCACAAUAUUUUACAGUUUUUUGAAAUAAACGUUUGUGAAGAUUAGAAUAGAGCAGCGCAGUCUGCGUAGACCUGGCCUAGUUGUGAUUAGUGUACAUUUAUACACUUUACUAUGUAAGUAUCCCUUAGGACUGGAUAAAAAUAUAAAAAGGUAUGUAUACAUGUGCCAUCCAUUCAUAAUGUAUGGACCAUCAACCUUACUUUUAUAGGAUAUAAGCACAUUGAAUAGAUAAACCAUGCCAUCAACCAUUUUUGUCCAAAUAUACCUGAAUCCACAGAUCAAACAGAUCUUCCUUAGUUUUUAAAAUCAUGUUUAGUACACAGCACGUAUUUUGAACACACUGUAUGGUUUGGUAGUUUGUAUGUUUUCAACAGUUUUCAACACUCGGAGAAAGAAAAAAAAGAAAAGAAAAAAGAACUCAACCACUAAUGCUGUUUUCUAAGUGUUAUUUUUUUAAUAUGAUGCAUUUGUACAAAAAGCCAUAGGCCUACAUGUUUUGAUAAUAAACCACUUAAUUUAUUAUGUCAAUAAAAGAACACUUAAUGUGA